GUGAGGGGGAAGCACAGCAGCAGAAAUGAUAUGUACCUGUCCCAAAGGAGUCCAGCGCUCAGGGACGCUCCAGAGCCGAUUUUUGUUUCUGUCUGAAGAAAAAUGAAACUUGUUUCGUCCUGUUUUCAGCAGCUUUAGCGAACACAGGGUGUCGCCAUGUUGGCUGCCAACUAUCUGCUGACUGAGGAGCAGCUUCUGUGCUGCAUCUGUCUGGAUGUGUUCACUGAUCCGGUCACGUUACCAUGUGGACACAACUUCUGCAAAAGCUGCAUCACACAGCACUUGAAUUUUAAUUACCACCGCCAGUGUCCCAUGUGUAAAGAGCGUGUUGAUAAAAAAUACAGGCUGGGGGUCAACACGUUCAUAUCUGAGAUGGCUGUCCAGUUCAGACAGUCCGUCAGAAAGAAAGGCAGCAGCAGCAGCAGCUCAGAACAACAUGACGCCAAACCACUUUCUUAUGACGUUCCCAUUAGACCUAAACGGACAGCCCUGAUGUCCUGCCUGUUGUCCGUGUUCGGCCUGACGUGCCUGACCGUCUUCUUUGUAACUAGCUUAAAGCUUCAUCAAACUGUGUCCAGCCUGAAAACUCAUCAGCUGUUUGGCUCUGUUGAACAGGCAGCAGACGGCACGUGUAACGAGCAUCACAAACCUCUGGAGCUCUACUGCAGGAACGAACACAUGCCCAUAUGUCGGUCCUGCGCUGACUCCAGUCACAGAUUUCACUACAUAGUUUCUCUGGAAGAAGAAAAUGAAGUAAAGAGGACAGAGCUUCGGAAAACAGCGGCUCAACUUCAGCAGAUGAUCCAGGAGAGACAACUGAAGAUUCAGGAGGUCAUACAUUCCAUCAAGCUCAGCAGUGAAGCUGCAGACAGAGAGACGGCAGGUGGGGUCCAGGUCUUCACCACCCUGAUCCAGGCUUUGGAUCGAGCCCGAGCAGAGCUCAACGGGAUGAUUGAAAAGAAACGGAAAGCGACGGAGAAAAAGGCCAGAGGUUUCAUCCGAGAGCUGGAGCAGGAGAUCUCCGGGCUGAGGAGGAGGCACGCUGAGCUGGAUCAGCUCUCACACUCUGAGGACCACCUCCACUUCCUCCGGAGCUUCUCGACCCUGAAAGCUGCUCCACCCGCCAAAGACUGGACAGAGAUCAGCAUUUGUCCAGCAGUGUAUGGAGGACUCAUGAGGACAGCCAUGGUGAGAGCUGUCAAUCAGCUGACGGAGACGGUCAAAAAUGAGAUCCAGAGGCUGCAGGACGCUGAGUUGGAAAGCGUCCAGCAGAAUGUCGUGGACGUGACUUUGGAUCCUGACUCAGCACAUCCUGCUCUCGUUCUGUCGGAUGAUGGCAAACAGGUGCACUGCGGCGAUGGAUGGAAGAAACUCCCAGAAAACUCCCAACGAUUCGAGCCUGCACUUCAUGUCUUGGGGAAGCAGAGUUUCUCCUGUGGAAGAUUUCACUAUGAUGUUCAGGUGAAAGGGAAGACUGGGUGGACUUUGGGAGUGGCCAAACAGUCCGUCAGCAGGAAAGGAGAAAUGACUUUAAGCCCGGAGAGUGGCUACUGGACUAUAUGUCUGAGGAACAGAGGAGGGUACUUUGCGCUCGCGAGCUACCCCGUCCCUCUCUCUGUGAACCAUCAUCCUGAGAAGGUGAGAGUGUUUGUGGAUUACGAGGAGGGUCUGGUCUCCUUUUACGAUGUGGAUGCUGCAGCUCUUCUUUACUCCUUCAGCGGCUGCUCCUUCACUGAAAAACUCUUCCCGUUCUUCAGUCCCGGUGCCAGUGACGGGGGCAGAAACUCCGCCCCUCUGGUCAUCUCUCCUGUCAGUCAGCACAGAUUAAACUGAUCAUCCUGUCUGUAGUGUAGUGUCAGUGGUGUCAUCAGGUCUCGGUUGGUAGUGGAAGGACUUAAAGUCCGAGGUGCUUCAGAAAAGAACACACAAGUUACAGAAAGGUCAAUUUCUUACUCUCAUACUUUCUUACUUUCUCAUACAACAAAUGAUAAAUAUAUAUAUAUAUAAUAUCAUGUUUUCAAUGAUAGCGUUAGUCACACAUUGCUGCAUAAUGAUGCACCAAUUCAAUAAUCACCUAUAAAGUCCAUAGAUAUUCUUUUAUUAUAUCAAAAUGUUGGACAGAAAAUUCCUCUGUCAACAAAGAACCUUUAAGCUCAAUAAAUAUUUUCCUACAAAGACCACUGGCUUUCACUGCAUUAUCUCUGACUGAUGACCAGCUCUGGCAUCUUUUUGGAGAAAAUCAGUAAAUAGAAACAGCAGUGGGAAAGCAUUUGGUGGCUCACAGGCAGAACUGGAGAGCGGGAACCCGGAGGCGAUGGGAAGGCUCUGGCACGGAGGCGAUGGGCCGGUGGUUGGUGGACAAGGUUUGGACCAAAGAGACACAGCUCGAUAGACAGAUGCCUGUGGACUCACCCUGGGCCUAAACACAGAAACCUCAGACUGUCCAACAGCUGCAGGACGGUGUAACAUCUGUAAAAGACAAGCAGCCGUGUCAUUAUCACACAGGAAGACGCGACGGCUUCAGGUGCUGCAUGGCACUGUGGUAACGUUUACAUGUUCAUCGUCUUGAUUUAGCUUCCCAGUUAGCACAAAGGGCAGCGGAGACUGAUUAUAAUAUAAAUUGAUCUUGAAGAACUGUUUGAAAAGUCAGAGGGUCUCCCAACCCCAGCACCCUCAGGCUGACACAGCGGGGGUGACUAAAACCACUUCAGUGUCCAUAGAACCUCCUCGAGGACCACUUCACCCUGUCAGAGUCCAACUGAGGCAGAUUAUUUCUGUAUAUUCCACUUAGAUCUGUCGCUGUCUGUUGAGUUGGAUUCAGCGUUUAAAGAGGCUCUGCCUCUUUGUUCUCAGGUAAACCGAAGCUUUUUUCCUGCGGUGUUUGGUUUGGGAGAAAACGGGUGAAUCAGCAUCAUCGUGUUUCACUGAAUGAGGUUUCAAUUACACAGAGACAGAUGAGUGUAUCAGUGAUGUUGUACCUGUCACUCAUCCCACCAGCUUCAUUAACUUCCUGUUUUUGAACCUCGCCUCUCAUCUGUUUGACCGUGUCUUUUUAAAUGAGCUGUCAGUCAGCCAGCCAGCCCCCCGAGCCACAAUUACUCUGACAUCAUUACCUCAGCGUACGAGAUGGAGGAUUAAAACACUUGCAGUGCUGUCGCUUGUCACUUUAGUGCAAGCAUAAGCUGAAAACGCAGAAAACUACACCUGACACCGAGCGAAGGAAACAGUCGAGUGCUAACUUUACCUGUGAUACGACUGAAAGAGAAGAAACGGACUGAACUUUAACAGCUCGGCUGAUAUUUACUGUUCCUUUUUAUAUCUUAACAUGUUUUCACUAAUGCUGAGUGUGCACUGUUUAAAGUCCCUAUAACCUUCUCAAAGACGCCCUGAAGUCUCCUCAGUGACCUCUACAAUCCCCUCUAGGUCCCUAAAGCUUCUUUCAGGACCCUACAACCUCUAACAAGGAC